AUGCUACAACCAAGGGAUACUACAUCGGCGACUAACGCCGUCGAGCCGGAUGGUGCCCGUCCCACCAGCAGAUCGAACGACAUGGGUGCUCGCGGCGCGGGCCAAGGCAGAGGUUCCGGCGUUCUCCGCCGAUUGUCCAAAGGUCGAGGGGUAGCCCGUCCUACUUCAGCAAAGACAUUGGGCUGUCUUGAAAAGCGCCAGGCUGCAACUACCAACACACUAGGUGCUCGAGUCCGCGAGUACCAGGCGAAUCACCCAAUCGAUUUGCAGGCAUUCAAGAACGCAGGCCCGCAGGACCAACUCUGGGAGGUGUACAACGAAGAGGCCGAGGUGUUUGACUUGGACAUGGUUCAGGGCUGGAAAGAUACGAUGGAUGUCUUCCUGGUCUUCGCCGGCUUAUUCUCUGCCACAGUUACUGCAUUCCUUCUCCAGUCCGCCUCGUCGUUGAGUGAUCCCACAAAGAUCAACAACUAUCUCUUGGCCGAGCUCAUUGCCGUGCAGCGCGCCGCCGCAAACGGCACGUCGAUGGACAGUGUUGAUCCCUCUCCUUAUGCCCCAGGCGAUACGACAGGCGAGCCAGUCGACGUCUGGGUGAACGCUCUGUGGAUCCUGGUCCUGAUGGCCGCGCUCAUGACUGCACUCCUCGCGUUCCUCGUCAAGCAGUGGCUCCAACACUACCUCUCCGUCGUCCAGGGAACCCAACGCGACCGCGCACUUGUGCGGCAGUACCGUUUCACUGCACUGCAUACGUGGAAAGUGUCCCUAAUCAUCGACGUCCUUCCGAUCUUCCUGCAUGUCGCGUUGUUCCUCUUCCUGUUGGGGCUCGCAGUCUUCUUUCACCGUCUACAUACCCAUCUGUCGUACCUGAUCAUCAUUGGCACGGGAAUAGCGGUCGUCGUCUACUUCUGCUUAAACUUCCUUCCUCUCAUCUAUCCCGAUUGCACAUUCAAGAUCCCGUUCUGGCCCGCUGUGUAUGCCGAAGUGCGUGGCUGGCUGGCUCCACUCAAAGAAAAAAAUACAAGGAAGACCGAGCAGCAGCAACUUGAAGUGAAUGCUGCCAACAACAAAAGAGGGUUGGUCUCUGACGCGCAGGAAUGGCUCUCCGAGAUCUCAGGGUAUCAACCCACCCAGGGCGCGGAGGCCGCUGCCGUGUAA